CCUCCCCUGGGAGAACCCAGGGCUGGUCCCUUGAGGGGCAGAUCCUGGACAGAAUGGAGGACUACACAGAGGCAAGCUUGGCGCCAGAGCUGGAGGAGCAGAGGGUCUUAAUCGACAACCCUGCCGACAUCGUGGUCAUUGCUGCUUACUUCCUGCUGGUCAUUGGUGUCGGCUUGUGGUCCAUGUGCAGAACCAACAGAGGCACCGUGGGCGGCUACUUCCUGGCCGGACGGAGCAUGGUGUGGUGGCCGGUCGGGGCCUCUCUCUUUGCCAGCAACAUCGGCAGCGGCCACUUUGUGGGCCUGGCGGGGACUGGUGCUGCCAGCGGCUUGGCUGUGGCUGGAUUUGAGUGGAAUGCGCUGUUUGUGGUGCUGCUGCUCGGCUGGCUCUUCGUGCCGGUGUACCUGACGGCGGGCGUCAUUACCAUGCCGCAGUACCUGCGCAAGCGCUUCGGCGGCCAUCGCAUCCGCCUCUACCUGUCCGUGCUCUCGCUCUUUCUGUACAUCUUCACCAAGAUUUCGGUGGACAUGUUCUCGGGGGCGGUAUUCAUUCAACAGGCUCUCGGCUGGAACAUCUACGCCUCCGUCAUCGCGCUCCUGGGCAUCACCAUGGUCGACACUGUGACAGGAGGGCUGGCGGCGCUGAUGUACACGGAUACCGUGCAGACCUUCGUCAUUCUCGGGGGCGCCUGCAUCCUCAUGGGUUACGCCUUCCAUGAGGUGGGCGGGUAUUCUGGGCUUUUCGACAAAUACUUGGGGGCAAUGACGUCGCUGACGGUGUCGGAGGAUCCGGCCGUGGGCAACAUCUCCAGCUCCUGCUACCAACCCCGGGCCGACUCCUACCAUCUGCUCCGGGACCCUGUCACGGGGGACCUGCCGUGGCCUGCGCUGCUCCUGGGGCUGACCAUCGUCUCCGGCUGGUACUGGUGCAGCGACCAGGUCAUCGUGCAGCGCUGCCUGGCGGGGAAGAACCUGACCCACAUCAAGGCGGGCUGCACCCUGUGCGGCUACUUGAAGCUGAUGCCCAUGUUCCUCAUGGUCAUGCCGGGCAUGAUCAGCCGCAUUCUUUACCCGGACGAAGUGGCGUGCGUGGUGCCCGAGGUGUGCAAGCGCGUGUGCGGCACCGAGGUGGGCUGCUCCAACAUCGCCUACCCGCGGCUCGUCGUCAAGCUCAUGCCCAACGCGCUGAUGUCCUCGCUGGCCUCCAUCUUCAACAGCAGCAGCACCCUGUUCACCAUGGACAUCUACACGCGCCUGCGGCCUCGCGCGGGCGACCGCGAGCUGCUGCUAGUAGGACGGCUCUGGGUGGUGUUCAUCGUGGCGGUGUCGGUGGCCUGGCUGCCCGUGGUGCAGGCGGCCCAGGGCGGGCAGCUCUUCGACUACAUCCAGGCCGUCUCCAGCUACCUGGCCCCGCCCCUGUCCGCGGUCUUCGUGCUGGCGCUCUUCGUGCCCCGCGUCAACGAGAAGGGUGCCUUCUGGGGACUGAUUGGGGGCCUGCUGAUGGGCCUGGCGCGCCUUAUUCCCGAGUUUUCCUUUGGCUCCGGCAGCUGCGUCCGACCCUCCGCAUGCCCGGCACUCCUCUGCGGGGUGCACUACCUCUACUUCGCCAUCGUGCUCUUCGUCUGCUCGGGCCUCCUCACCAUCGUCAUCUCACUGUGCACAGCGCCCAUCCCGCGCAAGCACCUCCACCGCCUGGUUUUCAGUCUCCGGCACAGCAAGGAGGAGCGGGAGGACCUGGAUGCUGAGGAGCUGGAAGGUCCGGCCUCAGCCCCGGUACAGAACGGGCAUCUGGAGCACACGGUGGAGAUGGAGGAGCCCCCACCUCCGGCACCAGGCCUGCUCCGCCGGUGCCUGCUCUGGUUCUGUGGGAUGGGCAGGGGCGGGGCAGGCAGUCCCCCACCCCCCACCCAGGAGGAGGUGGAUGCGGCAGCCAGGCGGCUGGAGGACAUCAGUGAGGACCCGCACUGGGCCCGUGUGGUCAACCUUAACGCCCUGCUCAUGAUGGCCGUGGCCACCUUCCUCUGGGGCUUUUAUGCCUGA